AUGGCAGUCUUUACUAAUUCGAAAGCUUUACCAAAUUUACUGAUGCUUUCACUGUCUGUGGUCUUGGCCUGUUUCACGAUCCCUACAGCUGGUAACUUCUACCGAGAUGCUGAUAUUACUUGGGGUGACGGGCGUGGAAAGAUAGUCGAAGGUGGAAGAAUGUUGACGUUGUCACUUGACCAGUAUUCUGGUUCUGGAUUUCAGUCCAAGAAUGAGUACUUGUUUGGAAGAUUCGACAUGCAACUCAAACUUGUUCCUGAAAACUCUGCUGGAACCGUAACCACUUUUUUCUUAUCGUCUCAAGGAGCUGGUCAUGAUGAAAUUGACUUCGAGUUUCUUGGCAAUGCAUCAGGACAGCCAUACACUGUUCAUACCAAUGUGUAUUCCCAAGGGAAAGGAAAUAAGGAACAACAAUUCCAUCUCUGGUUUGAUCCGGCAGCAGCUUUCCACACCUACUCAAUUGUGUGGAAUCCUCGGCGCAUCAUUUUCUUGGUGGACAAUAGUCCUAUGAGAGUAUUCAACAAUCACGAAGCAAUUGGCAUUCCAUUUCCUAAGAGCCAACCCAUGAGAGUGCACUGCAGCUUAUGGAAUGCAGACGAUUGGGCAACACAAGGCGGGCGAGUGAAGACAGACUGGACAAAAGCGCCUUUCACUGCCUACUACAGGAAUUUCAAUGCCAAUGGCUGUGUAACCGGAAAAUCUGGUGGAUCUUGUGCCAACUCCGGAGCGUGGCAAACUCAAGAACUUGAUGCAAAGGGAAGAAAUAGGCUCCGUUGGGUACAGCAACACCACAUGGUCUAUAACUACUGUGCCGAUGUUCAAAGGUUUCCUCAAGGAUUCUCUGAAGAAUGCAAGCGUUCAAGAUUCUAG